UCUAUCCUUUAUUUUUUUAUAUCACUAUCUUCUUUCUUCUUUCUAUAUCUUUUCUCUCUUUUAUUUUAUUUUGCUAUCUUUUUUAUCUUCUUUCCAUUUAAUAUUAUUCUUAUUAUUAUUACUAUUUGUUUUGUUUCCGUAUAUACUAACUUUAGUUUUUUUUCGUUUCAGAAAUAAUUACUUUUUUUGUUUUAGUUUUUUUUUUUUUUUUUCGUUACUAACGUUUUUUUUUCUUUUCCACUAACAUUUUUUUCCUUUUUUUUAUUAUCUUUGUUUGUGGUGAAAUUGUUUUUGAAAGUAAGGGAACAAGUGUUGGUUUGUGGAGCUUUUGCAGUGAUGGAAGCUAAACUUGAUGAGCUAGAAGCCAAACUCGACGAGAUACAAUUUUCUGUUACACAAAUGUUGCUCAAGAGCCAUCAACAACAGUUUGAGUCACCUCAAUGUUAUCCACAAAAGAAUUUUGAAAAUAUUUGGUGUGACCCACCUUGCUAUCAUCCACAAGGGCAAUUCCAACAGCCUAUUUAUGCACCACCAUGCUACUACCUGCAAGAGGAAUUUCAAUAUCCUUUUCAUGAUCCACAUCAUUCACAAGAGGAAUUCCAUCAACCUUGGAAUGAUCCACCCCAAUUUUUGGAAGACCUUUCAAAGCAAUAUGAAGCAAACCAAGCCCAGUUUCAACAACCUCGACACGAGGAACCUUCCAUAUUGCAAGAAAUUCAAGACAUGUUGAACCAAAUGUCUGCAAAUCUCAAUGCAAAUGCUAAUCAACACCUGCAAGAUACUGCGAAUUUACAAGCUUCAGUUAACGAGCUAGUUGCACACACUCCCACAUUGCAACAUGAAGCUGAUGCAGAGAUUGAUGAUGAAGUUAAUCCUGGUGUUGAUACUCAUCUUGAUGCUAGCACUGAUGGUUCUGGUGAUGUUAAUGAGUUUGAAGUCGAUGUUGCUUCUGAUGCUAAUUCUAAUGAUGAGAACAACAAACAAGAAAUAUAUCUCCCUCUUCCACAUAGAACUUAUGAGAGUGAGAAGAUUUAUCCUAGUGAAGAAGAAAUUAAGUUGUUGGAUGAUUUCAAGAAGUGUUUUGCAUGGGAUGAAGUUAAGAAGAUGGAUGUAGAAUGUGCUAGAAAACAGUUCGGGUUUGUUAAGAUUGUUGCAGAUGAGAUCCCUCCAAAGCCACCUGACUUGUGGAUUGUUGAUGUUGUGCCUCAAGACUAUGGGCUUCCUCUUAAUGCAAGGCCUCCACCGGACCCAGGUGAUAGCAGAUUCAGAGCAUUACCAGGUUUCAUGCCUCGCUAG